GCCCCCGGAGAAGAAGCUCAAGAGAUACGCUUGGCGGAAGCGCUGGUUCGUGUUGCGCCAGGGCCGCAUGAGUGGGAACCCCGACGUCCUGGAGUACUACCGCAGCAGCCAUUCCAAGAAGCCCAUCCGCGUGAUCGACCUGAACGAAUGCGAGGUCGUGAAGCACUCGGGGGCCAGCUUCAUCAAGAAGGAAUUCCAGAACAACUUCGUCUUCAUGGUGAAGACCACCUACCGCACCUUCUAUCUUGUGGCCAAGUCUGAGGAGGAGAUGCAAGCCUGGGUGCACCACAUCACGCAAAUCUGUAACUUCGGGCAUUUGGAAGAUGGCACAGACUCGGGGGACAGCCUCUCCCACACCACCUCCUCCCCACAGCCCUCGCCAGCUGCUUCUGCCCAUGCCUUGCGGAUCGUGGAUCCCUCCUUCCCGCCUGAUCAGACCCCGGCCGACGCGUCUGCAGCGGAGGAGACGGCAAGCGAGCCCGAAUCUGUCUUCCUCACAGACUAUCUCAUCUUAUCCAACUGUGCAACUGGAAAGCUCAGCCAUGGCAGGUGCCACAGCUGGUCCAAUUCCGAUCGAUCUCUUGAGCAGACAUCUUCUGACGACAUAUUUGUUGACUUCAUGGCUUCCCAGCCCUCACUCUACCUUCAGCCCUCCGGCACACUGCUGCAGGAGCUAACAAGUCAAGGGCUUCUUGCCAGGAAUACGGACUCGAGCGGGCCUCCUUCCAGCGACUUCUCCUCUUCCUCUCCCUUGUCAGGCCCCCCUUUAACACCAACGUUCCUGGCCGACAAAAGCCAGAACUCGCUUUCCUGUGGCGUGUCUGAACGUGAGGUUCUGGCCAACACGCCGCCACCCCGGCCGCCCAAGCCAACACGUCUCUCAGACAGAAGGCCAGAAGAGCUAUCCCUCGGGGCACUCCCCAAUGGACAUGCUGGCUUCUCCGGAGCCCAUGGGGCCUUGGUGCCAAGAAGGAUCUCCGUGUCCAGCUUGGACAGUAUGAGGAGCUGGAGAGUUGAUAUGGAAGAAAACUCCUUGAGACACAGGGAUAAGAGGCUCAGCCUGAAUUUGCCAUGUCGAUUUAGCCCGCUCUACUCCUGCACAAGCAGUUCCAAGGACAGUUACGUGCCCAUGCGCCCCAGCGCCUCCCCGCCCAUCUCCGGAUCGUCCGACUGCACCGCUGACGGCUACAUUCCCAUGAGUCCAGGCUCAACGGCCUUCACCCUCGCUGCAGCCAGCACCGAAAAGCUCUGCAGCCCACUGCCUGAGCUCCCGACCGACCUGGAACCGCCCCCAGUGAACCGGGAGCUGAAGCCCCGGCGCAAAUUCCGACCACCUCCUCUGGACCUGCGAAACCUUUCCACCAUCCGAGAACAUGCUGCCUUAACCAGGACGUGGACCGUGCCUUACAAUCGAACAAGCUUUAUCUCUCCAGAAAGAGACGGCAUUAAUUCGGCGAGAGUCUUUGCCAGUUCAAUUUCCGGAGCGGAGGAAGCAACUUACAUUCAAAUGGACCACCAGCAAGCAACUUCCCCAUAUAAUGGAGCAUUCCAAUGGCCAAAGAAGUUUAGCCUUGAUUACCUAGCACUGGAUUUUAAUUCCGCCUCUCCAUCUCCUGUACAAAAGAAGCCUUUUUUCUCUGAAGAACAACGAGUGGAUUAUGUCCAGGUAGAUGAGCAAAGAACUCAAGCUCUCCAGAACACUAAGCAGGAGUGGACAGAUGAAAGGCAGUCCAAAGUCUGAAGCGGGAGACGGCUUUUCUUGGUUAGCUUGAUUUUGCACAUUGAAAUCCAGGUUGUCUGAGUGAUCCAGCGGAGAUGGUGAGCAGGUGGCGUGGAAGAGCGUGGUGGUCCACCACUUUUCCUGAGAGAAUGCCUUUUGGCCGGGUUGGUGAGAAAGGACCGACCUGAAAGGACCGUAUCAAAAUGACCCCAUCACUGCCAUUGCCUCCGUCACCCCUUCCAAUGAAGAAUACAUGGUACCAUCUUAGGACCUGAACUUGGGGUGGACACUUGCUGUGUCACAUGAAACACUGUACUUCCUGUUGUCGGUUGUGUUUUCAUCUUCCCUAUUUAACGGAUGUCGCAUCCACUGUGGCAUCUGGUUCUGACAGGUAUUUGGGAAUAAGGGCUGACCAUUCAACAAUGGAUAAAGUAACUUUUGUGGGAGGGAGGUGUGGAGGGUAGGAUGUUCCUUGAUCGGAAAUAAUUGGGGUCCGUGGAUUAUGCUAGAGGGUUAAUAGGAAACCAUUGCAAUGGUCAUUACCACCCCUCACCUUGGAUCAUCAGAAUCACAGGCUGCACCUGUCACCAAGCUCCUUCUUCUGUAACUGGUCCUUCUUUGUGGUCUCUGUGAAUCACACGUACGGACUCUGCUCCUGGCCCAGGACUGUUGUUGGGAAGAUUCUCCAAGCUAGACUCAUUCCAGCAGGAACCCAUCCUUUUCCUUGGAGGCGCUUCUGCCAUUUUCCCCAGUUCUCUCUGUUCCUUUUUCAGUGGCCAGUUACUCGCGAGUUGGCUCAUUCUUUUCCUCUGCUGCAAGGAGUGACUUCAGUGUAAAGAAGUUCUCCCGUGCAUCUGCUGCCUCCCCAGUCUUUGCAUCCCAAGGAAACCCAGGGAAGCUGCAAAGCCUUUUUGCAAGCCUUGGCAUGGUUGGCCAAGGGUCAAGAGGAUGCUGUCACCAUCUGGAGGAAUGACCACCCAGUUUUUCUUUCCCAGUGGACAAGAUCAUGCAGAUUUGUGACCCGUGGAGAUUGUGUUCUUCCAAGCAUGGCAUGAUUAUCGCUAGGAAAUUACUGGAACAAGCCUGACAACGACAAGCCUUUUAGCACUAAGAUAUUUUAUUUCACAUUUAGCCUUCUUUUAAUAAAAUAAAUGAGGAUGUGA